UUACGGUUAUAAGAUGUUAGAGUAUUUUUAGCCCCACAAAAAAAUUAAAACGACUAAUUAAUAUGUGCGAUUAAUCACGACCGUCCAUCCCACUUAACAGCGAAAACGCGCCUACUAUUUUUUUUAUAGAUAUUAGAGAGAGACAAGAGUAUUUUGCGGUAACUAUAUAGCUGAGCGGUUCCUUCUCUCAUUUCCGGCCCUUUUCUCAGGGAUCUGAGACUCUCUCUCUCCUCUUCUCUCUCUCUCUCUCUUAUUCAUAUUUCACCUUUUUCUAUUCUCUCUCAGUUUAAUCUGGGCGCAAGCCUUAUUCUCACUCUAGGCGUUGAUCCAUCAGAAAGUUAUAUACGAUGUACACAUUCAAAUGGAAUCAUUUGUAGCUUGGGUUGUGAAGGGUGCAUGUGAUUCGUAGUGAGAGAAAUAAUGAAUACUUCCAGUUAUUGGGGAAAUGCUCGUCAUGUGUGUGACAUGAUACAAUGGCAGACUAUUUGUUAUUAUGUCUAUGCAUUUGAGGAUCCUUUUCUCUUUAUAUAUACAUCUAAAUGAGGGCUAAAUUUUUGCUAUUCCAAGAUCCUAAGCUCAGUAUCCCGUUUGUACAGAAAGCAAAACUUUUGCUGCAAACAAUGCCAUUAGUAGGUGUUUGGUCAGAAAACCUCCAUCACUUAAGGACUUCCCUUGGAAUCACUUGCAGCUUUCAACUGUUAAAGUACAGUACCUGUAGUUCAGUGGGGAGAACACUCAGUACAGGGAGAUGCAAGCUUCAUUCUAUAGGAGCAAAAGUAGAAGGAAACCAACCACAAUCACAGAGUGAAAAAUCUUGCGAUAUAAGGUUGGAACUCCUCGAUGGAAAGUAUACAAGAACCACAAACAUAGGUGUGACUAAAAAACAUGUGGAUGAGUUAAAAGCAUAUCAAUAUUAUGAUAUUCAAAAGAAACAUGUUGAGAAGAAAGAUUCACUACGGCUUGCGACAAUCUUUGUUUUUGAUAUUGAAACUACGGGUUUCAGCAAGAAUACUCAUAGAAUAAUUGAGUUUGCACUUCAGGAUCUUGGCGGGGGCAAAAAUAGCACAUUUCAGACCCUGGUGAAUCCUGAACGCUAUGUGCCAAAUGCAGAAAUUCAUGGUAUCAGUAAUCAUAUGGUCAAUAGGCCAGGAAUUCCAAGGUGGAGGGACUUAGUUCCCAUGUUGCUCCAAUAUGUAAGAAGUCGCCAGCAAGAUGGAACACCAGUUUUGUGGAUUGCUCAUAAUGGUCGUCGUUUUGAUGUGCCCUUUAUCAUCAAGGAAUUCAGCCGCUGUUUCGUGGAGAUUCCUUCAGAUUGGCUUUUCUUAGACACACUUCCUCUUGCCCGCCAAAUAGUGAAGCCAGAUGGAUCAAAACUUGCUUCUUCGUCAUUGGGGGCACUUAGAGAGUAUUAUGGAAUUCCAUUAUCAGGUUCAGCUCACAGAGCCAUGUCAGAUGUGAACACAUUGUCUCUGGUUUUGCAGAGAAUGACAUUUGAUCUGAAACUUCCAGUCUCAGGUCUUUUAGAAAGAUCUUUCAAAGCUUCAGAUAUUCCAGAAUGAUGCCCCCCCCCUAAUUUUGAUUGAAUUAUAUAUAUUUGCAAGCCCCAUCAUGCUUGCUCUUGGACUAAUUUAUUGUUGUAACUAAUGCUUGAAAUUCUUUUCA